AGGGUGAAGGCAGCGGUGGGGCCCGAAGCAGGAACAGCUUGCCCGUGGCCCAGCCGCCGGCGUCCCACGGUGCUCGGGGUCCCGGUCGACUCUUGCUCCUUCCGGGAGGCAGCAUGGCCCGCGGCCUGAGCCCCGACGAGUAUGACCAUCUGCUGCGGAGUCCCAACGUCCGAAACGUCACUACGCAGCUAGGACAGACCAUGUACCUGCACUGCGUCGUGGACUCGGCUUCGGACCGAAUGAAGGCGCACCGACAAAUUGUGUCGUGGAUCCGACUGCGUGACUUUCAUCUACUGACCGUGGGCCUGACUCGGUACACGUCGGACGAGCGGUUCCAGACGGUGCACAUGCAGUUCUCCAACAACUGGGCGCUGCAAAUACGCGACGCACAGCUCAGGGACGCCGGCCUUUACGAGUGCUUGGUCAACUCGGACCCACCCCUCCGGCAGGUCGUCUCGCUGCGUGUCGUAGUGCCCAAGGCCCACAUCCUUGGCGGACCGGACUUGCACGUCGAGGCUGGCUCGGCGCUGAACCUGACGUGCAGCAUAAGCGAAAGCCCGGAAGCCCCGGCGUUCGUCUUCUGGUACCACCAGUCGCGACUGAUCAACUUCGAGCGCGGCGGCCGCGUCAGCGUGGCCAAGGGGCCCAACGGCACGGCCGUGUCGCGACUCCUGCUGCCAGCCGUGGACGCCGCGGACUCGGGCAACUACACCUGCAAGCCUGCCAACGCCAACGCCACCUGGGUGCUUGUGCACGUGCUCGAGAGCCACCGGCGGCUGGCCGCCGUGCAGAACGACGCCGGAGGCAUGGCGCUCACGGCAGCCGCAACGCCGCACUGCGCAGCAGCCUGCUCCCUGCUGCCGCUGCUCGUGUCGCUGUUGGUGCAGUGGCUGCUGGCCUGCGCCCACCGUAGUGGUUCCAGGUGACCAGCCGCAGUGGACGCGCAGACUCUGUAAAUAACGAGGUUCGCGGCAAACCACGCCCGGUGCCCGGUCAUCAACAGAUUCGAGUCCCUCUAGGAGACUGGAACCAAGGAUGAUUCUCCCCAGUCGAACCUGAAGCCAGGAGAGGAGAAUGAAUACCAAGGGCAGUCACUGAUCGGGUGGAAGCCACUUGUGCGGACCAUAUAGCAUCGAGCGCUUUUUGUCUUACCCGUGUCGCUGGAAACCGACAUCGCGGUCACCAAGAGCAGUACCAUUGCAGCGGCAGCAGCAGCCCCCCAUACCGAUGAAAUCAUCGAUGAACGCUCUACAGAUGCUGCCGUCGUUAGCCCUCUCACGUCUUCGCGGGCGUGGUCCACCGACAAGCAUGGCCGCACUCUUCUUGUCAACCCCCUCCUGUGUGCGUGUGCGUGUGUUGUUUCGCUUCGUUUCGCGUUGUUCUCAUUUCGUUCGUAAGUAAGUGCGUACGCUUGUGUCGACGGGUGUUGUGAACGCGCGCAAUCCUUCAGGCGCGAGCGCUUUUGAGUCCUAUAGUGACUCGGGCACCACCGACCGUGUGGAACAGACACCGGAACACUAAUAGUACUGCCACGGGCUUGGAUCGUCGCGAGUUUGCCGGAGAGGCGGAAGACGGACAUGGAGCACGGAAAGACUCUGUUGAACGUCUUCGCUUUGUACAUAUGUAGAGAUGACGACAAAUGUUGUUGUUGCUACCGCUCUCAAACGCUCUGUUCUCGUGGGCUUAUUAUGCGUUUUGUUGACAGCUGCAGGUGAGAGCUGAUGUUCGAAGGAAGUAAUAGAGUGUAAGAUGUGUGGUCUAACGUUGUUCAGUGUGUAUUUGUGCCCGGCAACGGGGAUCCUCUGGUGUGUGCGUUGGUGCGCGUCAUUCCGUACUGUUCCGAAGGCGCCCGCGAUGUUUCCAUUGUUCGGCACUACUUGCGUCAUAUUAUUUGGCGAUUUUCUUCGUCGGCAACAGCUGUUGAAUCUGCACCUGGAGCUGAAGUGUGGUGCUACGUGCACAUGCUAUACCAAUGGGCGUCAUUGUCUCAUCGUUUGAAAGUCUAGUGCUCUCUUCUUAUUACGUGCGUGGUCGUUGGAGGAAAGACUCAUCCUGCCGUUUUGGAGAGACACAUGUGAUACGGGAGAUGGUGUAAAAUUUUAUUCAAAUUCUGAUAAGGGGCUCGCUAUGUUUCCUUUAGAACGGAACGCUAUAGUUGCAUUGUUCAGUGAUGCGUUGCAGCCAAGCGUAAUAGCGAAAAGUCGUUGGCACUGAUGGCCGUUACUAUGCGAUAUAUGUCUCGCGCUAUGAUUAUUUUUGUUAACAAUAUUACUUGGCUCGAGACAUGAUCAAAGUUGCAUCACUGCUUUCUGCAAGUAUGCCGGAGCAGUGUAAGCUUCGCAGGACGCAGUAUUAUCAGAGUAUGCUUGAGCAGUAUUUUGAUAUUAUUACUACCUCGUUAUUACGUCUUGCGGCUCUAAGUUGAAGCGCAGAUGGUAGGGUACCGGCCAGGAAAUGGUCGUAUUUGGCUGCCAAGCGUCGCUUGGGUGCUAACACACUUAUGUGUAGUAUUACAGAGUCUCCGUGGCGACUUAUUGGUAAACAAAAAAUAAAUAAAUAAGAAGAAUACGAGCCGCUUGUUUGGGGGUCUGUUUAGAUAAAUUCUUAUUGGAUGGUAUUGAAUUCAUUUUAACACAAUAAGAGUCAUUUUCCUGACAUGCUACACAAUUUGUUCCAAAUAUUCUUGAGGAUAAAACGAAUCCUCACUAGUCCACUUUUUGUAAGGGGUUCUGACAUGAUAAAAAAAAAGCGAUGCACCUUGCGCGAAACAUAUUUCAGCAGGGCAAACGACGAUUGGUACCAUCAGGUAUUUGGUAUUAUUGGAAAUGUUCUGCUUCACAUUUGCGUAAUAGACUUUGUCGCGGUCGGAGGCGUGCUACGAUGUUAAAGGAAGUUAGUCGACCUUAGUUCUGGCUCUCAGUUAGAGCACCUUUGCACAUAACGUCAUCCCCGCCCUUGCAAAAACAUUGUUUUUGAUGAAAUGUACAUGAUGUGCGGUCAUGGGUCACUUAUCCAUUGUAUUUCGCUUUAUUUGAGGAGCACGUUGUACGGCUUCCAACUGUGCACGAAGCCAAGCAUUUUGGUUUUAUUUUGACGACUCGAUGAAUGGUACUCUGUACUUGUGUAUGGUUCUAUUUUUUAUGUGGUGUGCCUGCCAGCAAGGCAAUACUUGUUUUCAGGCUUUUCGUGCAAGUGCCAGAAUGGUAAUACGUGUAUGUUUUUUGUUUCCAGGAGCAUUACUUCAGUCGUAUUUCGUAAAGGUUGUGCGUCGUAGCCACUACUCUCUCAGUGCACAAGGUUUGCCUUGAGGCUACGUGUGCGCGAAAUGAAGGUGGGAUGUUGUUAAGUCAAGUAGCGCCAGGGAGCUUUCAAAAUGCAGCGUUGUGAGCGAACUUACUGACAAUAAGUUCAAACGGUUUGUCUGCUUGUAUGCUAGAGGAGUGUAAAGGCAGGCUUCAUGGAGCAAGAAAAGUUCAAAUGGGUUUUGCUUUCUCUUUAUUGGCCCACUUAUAAAACAUUUUGACGUAGUUAUGUGUUGAGCAAAGAUUUAAGGGGUCAAUGAAUUUGAAUAUAGUUAUUUUUGUUUAUGUACGAGAAGCUUUACCAGUUGUUAAUGAUUGUGCUGCAGUACUUGCGUAAAAAUAAGAUGUUAGGAGGAUGGGGUGUUUGACGUCCUUAAGCUUCACAGUGGGUUAAGAGACACGCCGUGUAGUGGAGUGCUCAGAUUAAUUUUGACCACUUAGGGUUCUUUACCGCGCACCGAGAGUAUGGUAAAAGAGAUAUAUCUAACAAUAAAGUCUUGACAGGUUCACGGGGUAUAACUUCAGCAGUGGCAUCCUCAUAGCAGUUACGCGUUUGCGUCUUGUUAAUAAAAGAUAUGGUCGUGCUCAUGAACAUCCUUAGCUUCUUUACUGUUUGUUCAGGAGAGACAUCGAACACACUAUUUCAGUUAUGUCUAGAAGUACAAUUCCGCGAGAAUUGAUCGUAGGUUUAGGUUUUUAUUGGGAUCAGAGCUGGUUCUUUGAACAAGUUGGUUGUGAAAGCAGAACAAAAGAGUACUGCGACGAGGGUUGAAGUAAGUCAGAACUAAAGUUUCAAAGGAAAUCGAGAUAACCGCAUAUGUUAAAGUAGUAGAUGUUUAUCUAGCACUGCGUCGUAACGCAGUGAGGAAUGAUUAUCGCUGUAAAAAAAAUGUGGGAGAGGAGCUACGGAAGCACGAAUGGCGGAGAGCACUCCUAUACACGAUAACCGCAAGCUACAGUUUUUUUUUUUUUUUUGCAGGGGUGUACGCUUGUCUGAAUUCUACCUCUAGGUGAUUCCGUCUCAAAGCUAUCGGCCCUCUUAAGUAGACAACUUUGCAGACCGCUGCGUCUGGAGGGACCUGGUUAGAGUAACCUGGUUAAACCGCCUGUGAAACGCCAAACGUGUCUGUACCACUACGUUGCUGUUUGAGCACUGCUUGAGCAACACCGUACGUACUUCGUGCAAGGCUGUGACAAGACAUCUGUAUUACAAACAUAAGGCUACGACGCGACAAGGCGUCUGUAAAAUUGCCAGUCCAGUUUCCAUCGCAAGCGUGCCCGCUUUUGUGGCCACGAAGAACACGUCAAGCCUUGUGCACUGAGCGUUGUGUCGGUAAUGUACGGGUAAGCCAGCGACGUUCGGGUCAUGGUUUCUAGUCUACAAUUUGUUCUUUGUUUAAAGCUUUUUUGUUAACCGUUCGAGGCCGCCUCUUUCUGCUAGCCGGAAUAUGUGUUCGUCGUCAACUGCGUCACCGAAAAUUGUAGUCUGUGUUUGAGUCAGGGCGUUUGUUCCUAGUGCUGUCUUCUCUAAGUCCGUCGUAGUCCGUUGUUGUUAUUUUUUUUUCGUCUUUCGUUUACAUUUUAUCUUUCCAUUCUCCGCAACUUCUUGCGCGUCACGUAAGCUAGUCUAUUUUAAGUUUUUAAGUUCCGUUGUCGUCUGCAAUAUUGUUACCGAAGUGACGCCAUUUUCAGUUUCAAACCAUAUUUUGGUAGCGGCAAACAUUCUGAGCUCGCUAAAAGGCUCUGGAGGUUCACGGUGAUUCGAAAUAGAUACACUGAUAGCUGCGGCUAUGUAUUUUUUAACACUACGUUCUUCCUUGCCGAAGAAACAUUUUAAAAAGGAUCAACGUCGUUACUGUUUUACAUGUUCUGCCAUCUCUACUUCGCAUCUACUUAGCAUUUCGUUCCUACUUCACGACCGCGUUUUGUGUAUGUCUCGAGUUAUUCAUUGGAUCAUUAUUUAUAAAACAUUUUACUUCACUUGCGCUCUCGAAACAUUUUCACCUGCUGUGCGGGAGCACAGGUUACACGUGAAGCUCAUUGAAGGGACACAAAUAAAUAUUAAAACUGUUACAUUAUUUCUUGAAAACCUAAUUUUCAGUCACAUAACAAAAAUUGUUAAUAAAGCUUCAGAAAUAGCAGGAUGAACUUACGGCUGUCUUGAGUUUCGCGCCGAAAUUUUAGCCGCUGGUGUGCCAGCCUGACGUCACGGUUUUCAAUGUAUCUUCACGUAUUCUGGCCGGCUUUGGCGCUGGAAAUGUUCUCGAAACUUGCUAGGUUGAACGCUUGCUUCUUUUAGAAUACAAUGGAGUCCGCCUUUACUGAUAAGCAGUUAAGUUAUUGCGAGAAGGCACUGCCAAAUUCAUGACGUCACAAGGAGCUAGUGCGGGCACUUCAUGGCAGCGUCGCUAUCCGUCUUACGUUUUUGCGUCAUUUCCCGCUUAUCUGUGGCGGGCUUUUCAGUAAGCAAUUUUCCUAUUCGGUCGCAGUUAAUAAACAGUCAAGGUCACGCCUCGUGGUAACAGUAAUUUACCAAUACAUUAUAACUUAUUUUUAUUCUUUAGUGUCCCUUUAAGGAAGCUCACGUGAUAACCGGCACUCAUUUAUCAUGUGUUCACUUUUGCCAUGACGCGGGCCACAUGCUGGCUCAUUGUUUUGAACGAACUAUUGUAGCUUGUGACCAUAACAAUACAAACCCAAUGUAAUUUUGAGUUGAUUGUUGAAUUAAUUAUAUUUCGUCUUUUGAACCUUGCAACAUGCACCUGCCAAAAUUUCUGAUGUCAAAUUUUGCCUGGGUAUCACAACUGCCACCCUGAUGCAUCAAAUAUUGCUUUUAAUUGUGAAAUGUUUAAGAAAUUAGCUAGUUAUGAAAAAAGCAAAAAUGCUGUUGUAAUCAAGCAUGUGCUGAUCACACAAGCUAUUACAGACAAAAGAAGCACGUAACCUUUCUAUAGGCUUUACGUGCUAGAAAUGGGGACGCAUGAUGAUGUGAUUAUGAAGACUAUGUCGAUUGACAGCAGGUGAGCACCACCACUUGGUUAAUUGAUGCAGAAGUUUAUGCGAGGUUGUUGUAUCGGAUUUGCUGUGUCAGCUAUCGAAGCUGCCUAAAAAAUGUAACCCUCGCUUGUGAUUUGCAUAUUAUGGACACGCACGUAGAGACAGCCUUGACCAACGAUAUUGAAUUACUCGUUUAGCAUUUAGCUGAAAUUUGGGGCGCCGCUGAAGUAUAGGGUCUUUCCGUUUUUCUGCCGGGUCCACUCGGAAAGACCCGUCGUGGGUGCCACGGCGUGGCACGACGUGUGGCCUCCGAUUAUGGUAUCCGCUGGUCAAUCUGCCACUGGGCCGCUUCGAUUGUCCGUUCCUGAGAGUCCCGAACUGCCCGAGGUGGUGCUUUCAGUCAAUGAGCGUUGCAUAUAUGCACCGUCUCGAGCAGUCCAGGACCAGUCUCGGAAGACAAAUCGAAUUGGCCCAGUCUCCGUUGCUUUCCGCGAGGUGCCACGUUUUCGGAGGCCACGUAACGCGUGAACUCUCGGCAUAGGCUGCCUCGUGGGGGCGCGCACGGCGGAUAUUUCUAGAGGAGCCGCGUCAAACGUAGGAAGGGUGGUGACGCCGCGUGGUGUAGCAGUGAAACAAGUGACGCACCACUUCAUAAACGAGUAAUCUAAACGCGUUGGUCCUGGUUUGAACAUUCUGUUCUUGCACAUCACUUUGUACAAAAGAACAGAAAUAAAUAUGCAGGGAGGUGUAUCAUGGCCUGCCAUCCGUGGUAUCAGGAUUGCCAUUGCUAAGGCUUAAUGAUUUCCGUCAAUGGUUCAUGUGGUGCCACCUGUCACAAAUUUUUAAUACUCACUUGUCAGGAACCGAACAAGAGGGCCACGACCUUAUGUGGUAGUGGCCCACAUUGACACGCACCCGUGCUACGAUAACGGUCACGUUGUUUGUACAUAAGAAACAAAAAUACGAAGCCGCGUGUGCUAAACGGCAUUUGUGUAUAAACGCCGUGCAAGAGAUAAAGAAAUAAAUGUCUUAUCUGCAUUGAA